UUACCUACGUCUCCAUUUACAGUUGCUGGUCGUCCAUUUCAGAAACCAAGCUCCAAUUACAGUUUCAAUAUAACAAACAACCUUAAUAAGAAACCCUUCUCUCCCAAAAUUUAAUCUACUUCAACUGCUGUUUCAUCACAUGGGUGUCUCAAAUUUGUCAUCUUUCACUCUAUAAGCAUCACAAAGCCAUGGUCUUACCAGUUUUUAAUCAGCUUUUAAUGCCAAGUUGCUAACUUGAUACCACUCAUAAGGUGCUACCCAAAAAUUCAUGGCACCCUCUAUUCCUUUUGUUCUGUUAUCCCUUCUGUUGAUUGCAACAAGUGGUUAUGUGCAACCCCAUGAAGAGGGUUUCAUCUCUGGGGUCAUAUCUGAUAAGGGUCUUGAUUUUGCCAAGGAUUUGCUGAUACAGGAAGGUAUUGCAUCCAUUGUUCAGCUUCAGCUGCCUGAGAUUGAGAACUCUGUUCAAGUCCCACUUGUUGGAAAUGCUAAAGUUGUUCUUUCUAACAUCACAAUUGAGGAUAUUCAAAUCAAUUCUUCAUCUAUUACGACAGGAGAGACUGGUAUUGUUCUAGUUGUUUCAGGUGCCACUGCCAAUUUGAGCAUGAGCUGGAGGUAUUCUUGCAGCACUUGGUUAAUCCCAAUUGGAAUUUCAGAUAGUGGGAACGCUUCAGUGAAGGUUAGAGGCAUGCAAUUGGGGCUAACAGUAAAUUUAAAGAACCAAGAAGGAACUCUUAAGUUGGAUCUCUUAGAUUAUGGAUGUUAUGUGGGAGAUUUAUCUAUAAAGUUGGACGGUGGGACAGCUUGGCUUUACCAAGUGCUAGUUGAUGCUUUUAAAGGGAAUAUAGCAUCUGCAGUUGAAGAGGCCAUUUCAGAGCAGAUAAGAGAAGGGAUAGAAGAGCUUGACAAUUUAUUGCAAUCUCUUCCAAAGCAAAUCUCACUAGACAAAACUGCUGCACUAAAUGUUUCUUUCGUUGGCAAUCCUGUGUUGAGUAAUUCCUCUAUUGCGAUUGCACUUGAUGGUUUAUUUACAGGGAUAAAUGAAGUUUUAGCACCUCAAGGUUACCAGAAAGGAUUUAAGAUUUCUUCUGCCUGUGGUGGUUUACCAAAGAUGAUAAAGGUUUCAAUACAUGAAAAUGUGUUCAAAUCUGCUUCCCUAAUUUACUUCAAUGCAGGUAAUAUGCAAUUGAUUGUUGAUGAACUACCAGAUCAGAACAUUUUGAACACUGCUGAAUGGAGAUUCAUAGUUCCCAAAUUAUACAAGCGAUAUCCAAAUGAUGACAUGCAGCUUAAUAUAUCAGUAUCUUCUCCACCAGUUAUACAAGUGACCUACCAAGAUAUUGGUGCUACUAUUUUUGUAGAUAUAAUAAUUGAUGUUCUGGAAGGUGGUGAAAUCAUACCAGUUGCAUGCAUCUCAGUGGAUAUUAGUGCUUCAUGUGGUGUGGAAAUAGUCGGAAACAAUAUUGCUGGCAGGCUCAAAUUACAAAAAUUUUCCACAUACCUGAAAUGGAGCAAAAUAGGGAAACUGCACAUGCAUCUGAUUCAGUCACUGAUGUCAACUGUCCUCAAAACCAUCAUCCUACCUUACCUGAACUUCGAAUUAAAGAGAGGGCUCUCAUUGCCAAUUAUUGAUGGUUUUGGUUUUCAGAAUGCUAAUAUCUUGUACAACCAUCCAUGGAUUGCAGUGUGUAGUGAUGUUUUCUUCUUAGAAGAUUACUAUCUUAGUCACCAGUCACCCUAUGUAUCAUAAUACUUUUGUGGUAAGGCAAUAAGCAACCUACCUAGAUUGUUGUAAAGUGUAAAGAAAAUAUAUAAGCCUACUAUAUAUAAUGUGUACAUAACACCAUUUAUAUACCUUUUGGA